AGAUGAUUCUAACACGACGAGCCAACUGCGCAACGCGGUUAUUCACGUGCAGACAAUCCGUCACACAAAAGUAGAGCACACUGAGUACAGUACAGAACGUUUUCUUUACUAUAAAUAUAAUUUAUUCGUUACUUUCCAGAUAUGCUAAAAUGGUGGAAUAGGAAAGGUUACGGGUUUUGAAGGAAAAUUCAGUGGACUGUUGGAAAAUGGGAGAGUUUUUGUGUAUCGGUGACUAUAUCAGCUUGUUCUGCGAGGAAACUGAGGGAUAUGUAUACAGUUAUCAGACAAGUUCUUCGCACAAUGGACUAUAUAUUUACCAAGGACAAGACAGAAAGAAGCCCGGAAAAAUCCCGAAUCCACAUGCUAUCACAUUCCGUGUAUGUAUCCAAAAUCGAUACAAACUCAAUAAAAAAUACCGGAAACUUCUGGCAGCCAGCAGUAAAGAUCCGGAAAACCUUGAGCUUAAAGCUUUGGUAGCUCAGGCCAAGACGUCUGCGAAUGCUGAGAACCAAGACAACAUAUCCGAGCAGAAACGGCAACACGGCAAAAGAGUUCGAUAUGGGGAAAUCAUUCAGCUCAAGCACGUGUUUACGGAUAAGUAUGUCCAUAUCAGCACAACACAGACAAGCCACAGGGACAAAAAUAAUAUGUUGAUAUCUUUGCACCAAUAUAAUGGCAAGCACGCUCAGUUCAGGAUUCUGCCAAGGUACAAAGUGAAAUCGGAAGGGGAAUACGUGCAAAUAUUAGACCAGAUCGUGUACGAAAGUUUUAAAUCUCAAGGACACUAUUUCCACUCAAGUGUACCAUGGAAUAUCGAAAAAGAUAUGGUUGGAUCGGAAUUGAACUUAGGGGUGGCACAGACAGGCUUCACAGUAGUAAGAUAUUACAGACCAAGUGAUGAAAAUGAAGCGAAUGUCAGAGGAAGUAGUUUUAUACGCCUUUUUCACAAAGAACUGGAAGCAUACCUUGUCGCAGAGGGAUUGUUUGGUGAACCCGUACAAGAAGAGGUCCAUCUACGGAUUAGAGAGAUUGACCAGCUGAACCCCCGGACGCUCUCGCCACCUAAUUCCGCCAUCACCUACUGGCAGGUCGAGCCUGAGGAUACCAUCCUUAAUGGUGGGGUCGUUAGAUGGGAACAGCAAGUGCGGUUGCGGCACGUCACAACUAGAAGAUUCCUGUGUCUGGAUGCGGAUUUUGAAGUGUGCCUAACAGCCGAGGAAAACGAUCCGCGGUCGGUAUUUAGAUUCCAUCCAGUGCUAUCGCUGUCGGAUUUUGAACAAAAUGAGAUAGACUUCGAGAGUUACUGCCGGAUUGAGCACGUUUUGACAGGAAAUUGGUUACACGCUCUGAAAGAUGAACCGUAUCAACGGAGGCGUGAUAUGGGCCGUGAAAAUGAUCGCAGCAUGCAGGCACUUAGGUGGGAUGGGGGAGAGGUUCGCAAGAUAUCUUCGACAGAAAACCGGCGUUACGUAGACGUGUUCACAAUACAUGAAGUGGAAUGGGAACAGAUCUACAGUGCUAACUUUGUCGCUGGAAUGGUGCCCUUCUUGUCAAAAUUGAUAGAAUCGCGUGAAGAAUGUGAUUAUCUCAAUGCGAUGAAAACGCACCAAAUCACAACUGCGCUCCAGGAAUUGAAGCAGUUCAUGAUCAUCAAUGGCGAAACAUACAAAGAUCACCAGAAGUUGAUGAGGAAUUUCAGGAUAGUUGACCUACUUGUACAGCUGCUCCAGAGUCCACUUCAAGAUGCCCCGGACAGCAACUACCUUCUUAGCGUAUUCAAGGAGGCGUAUGACAUCUUGUAUACUUACAUGACCGGAAACAGUAGGAAGAACGCGCUCUACUUCGCUAAGUACAUCGAGUUCUUUCAAACGCAACUGAGCCUAAAGGCGUCAACCAGCGUUAUGAUAAAGCAAUACCAUCUGGUAGUAGUGGAUCCUACUUUAAAGGGCGACAUUGGUUUGAAUGUAGCUCAGAUGUUGGUGGAACUGAUCCGCGAUAACAGACAGAUCGUGGACAGAAUUACACACGAACAGAUAGAUAUAUUCGUUGAUCUUCUUAGACAAAGAAAGAACUACCGUUUCUUGGACCUGCUGAAUGUCCUUUGUGUAUGUGAUGGUAAGACGAUCCUGGAGAAUCAGUCCUACAUCACGGAAACCUGGCUACGACAUGACAAGGUAUCUUUUGAUGCUAAAACAUGUCAUAUACACCUUACCGGGGCAGACGUAUAUUUGAUCGAGAGAGGCCAAUACAUACACAAAGAACAUAAUGUUGUGUACAUAUCCACGGACGCUGGUCACACGUGGGUUCCCCUCCACCAGUUUGCCAAU